UUUUUUUUUUUUUUUUUUAAAAAAUUUGAAUUCGGUAGGUGCCAGCCACUGGCCAGUACAAUUAUACUAUACUAUCCCAGUUGAUAGCUCAACUAAUAUUUAGCGUGUUAACCAAUCUGUGCACUCCAAAUUUCUUGCUUUCCAAGUGUGGUUGUCUUGAUGAGAUUGAGAUUUUCUUCUUUGCUUUUUUUCCAGAUUAUAACUUCUCCCCUUUAACCUUUUCAUUAUUUUGUUGUAUAUACAUUAUUAUUCGUUUCUCAUAGAUCUAUCUCCUCGCUACUCAUUUUUAAAUUUUUAGUACUGUAUUUCGUAUUCGAUGCGUUUUGUUUGAUUACUUCUUUCGAAGAAGAAGAUUGAUUGCUGAGAAAUGGCUAUAGCUCGGUUAGCUCGAUUGGGCCGCCAAGCAAAACGACCGCAUGGAUUGUGCAUAAAGAUGAGUGCAGUUGCAAUCUUGGGCCUUUGCUUCAUAUUCGUUUGGUCUAUGUUCUCUUCUCCUGCAAAUUCAGUAACCUCUCAAAGGGAAAGCUUUGAUGACAUCUCUGAACCCGUCGCAGCUAAUACAAAGGUAACCAAUUCUUGGAUUCAAUCUCAAGAAAAGAGACCACAAAAGCAUAAUCAAGAAGAAGACAAAAAGGCCAAACUUGAAUCCGAUUUGGAAAAGAAAGAUGAGAAAAAGGUUAAUGGAUCUGUUUCUGUAUCUGUUCAUAAACAUGAAUCUAAGAAAAAGAACGAAAAAGAUGCGAAGAAAGUCAAGCAUAAUGUAAAGUCACCAAAUGAGGAAACAAAUGAGAAAACUGAGAUUGAUGAUUUAGAAAAUGAAAACGAUGAGGAACUAGAAGAAGGACUAGUAGUGGAUGGUAAGGAAGAAGAAUUUAAUAGUGAAGGUGAAGUGAUUGUGGAUACAGAAGGUAAUGAUAAUUUAAUUCAGCAAGAGAAUGAAGAAUCUGUGGAGAAGGUUGAAGGUGAGAGUGGUGGAUCAACAAGUACUGGAAAAAAGAGGAAGAUAAAGGGUCCUGUUUUUUAUCCCAAAUCACAUUAUAGUUGGAAAUUAUGUAGCACAAGGAGCAAGCAGAAUUACAUUCCUUGUAUUGACAUUGAAAGUGGUACUGCAAAGUUUCUGAGUCAUCGGCAUAGAGAGAGGAGUUGCCCCAGAUCUCCUCCUAUUUGCCUUGUUCCACUUCCUCAUGCUGGUUAUGGACCUCCAGUGCCCUGGCCUGACAGCAAAUCAAAGCAGAUAUUGUAUAAGAACGUGGCGCAUCCAAAACUUGCUGCAUAUAUUAAGAAACAUAAUUGGUUGGUGGAGGAUGGAGAGCAUCUUACAUUUCCCCAGAAUCAAUCUGAAUUCAAGGGUGGAGUGCUUCACUAUCUAGAAUCCAUUGAAGAGAUGGUACCAGAUAUUGAGUGGGGAAAGAAUAUCCGUGUAGUUCUGGACAUGGGUUGCGGAGAUGAAAGCUUUGUGGCAUCUCUCCUUGAUAAGGAGGUGCUAACAUUGUCCCUUGGCUUGAAGGAUGACCUAGUUGACCUAGCACAAGUUUCUCUUGAGCGUGGAUUUCCGACAGUUGUUAGCCCUUUUGGGAGUAGAAGGCUUCCUUUCCCCAGUGGUGUUUUUGAUGCUAUUCACUGUGGCGGAUGUAGCAUAUCUUGGCACUCUAAUGGUGGAAAGCUUCUUCUGGAGAUGAAUAGGAUUUUAAGGCCUGGUGGAUACUUUAUUUUGUCAACUAAACAUGACAGCAUUGAGGAAGAAGAAGCCAUGACCGCAUUGACUGCAUCUAUCUGUUGGAAUAUUCUGGCGCAUAAAACUGAUGAAGUGAGUGAAGUGGGAGUUAAAAUAUACCAGAAACCCGAAUCAAAUGAUAUAUAUGAGCUGAGAAGAAAGAAAAAUCCUCCUCUAUGCAAGGAAAACGAAAACCCAGAUGCAGCAUGGUAUGUGCCUAUGAAGAAUUGUUUGCACACCAUUCCAUCUUCAAUUGAACAACAUGGAGCAGAGUGGCCUGAAGAAUGGCCCAAGAGACUUGAAACGUAUCCUGACUGGUUGAAUGAUAAAGAAAAAUUGAUUGCUGAUACAAACCACUGGAAAGCUAUUACUGAUAAGUCCUAUCUCACAGGAAUGGGUAUUGAUUGGUCAAACAUCCGGAAUGUGAUGGACAUGAAAGCCAUCUAUGGAGGAUUUGCUGCAGCUCUUACACAACAAAAAGUUUGGGUGAUGAAUGUGGUCCCUGUCCAUGCUCCAGACACACUUCCUGUUAUUUAUGAUCGUGGUCUUGUUGGAGUCUACCAUGAUUGGUGCGAGUCUUUUGGGACUUAUCCAAGAUCUUAUGACCUUUUGCAUGCUGAUCAUUUGUUCUCACGGCUUAAGAAUAGCUGUAAGCAACCCGUGUCAAUUGUUGUUGAGAUGGAUCGUUUAUUACGACCUGGAGGUUGGGCAAUUUUACGUGAUAAGGUUGAGAUAUUGGAUCCACUAGAGGGUAUAUUGAGAAGCAUGCACUGGGAGAUUCGAAUGACUUAUGCUCAGAAUAAGGAGGGCAUCUUAUGUGCACAAAAAACAUCGUGGCGGCCUUGAAUGAUUCUGCCUGGUUUACCUGUAAAUAGAAUGACUGCAAAUUAGACAGAGAUUACUCCCUUUCCCACUUUUACAGAGGCUCUGGGUGAAGGCAGGCGUAGCUGUUCCCUGUGUAGCAUAACAAACAAUACUGAUUCUUCAAAAUUUGUGAGGUACAUGUGAAAUCAUUCGCCAUUUUUAGCAUGACGACUAGUAAUGAUUUUCAAGUUUCAUGCGGAUUUCGUAUGAAGAACUGCUUGAUUUUUA